AUGGCUUUAGACGCCAUACAAGAACGUCAGCUGAGUAGGCACUCGACUUCGCUUCGUGUUUAUCGUGAACUCUGUCACGCUCGUACUCAUGCGUCUGUCAAAAAAACAUCCAGCCCAGUCUCGAAACUUGAAAAUAGACGGGCCCCUACAAAUGAAAAUGAAGUAGCGCCACACCAGGGAGAAGUGGAGGUAGAUGGUAUAAUAUGUUGUAUGCAUCGAAAACUUUUGACAAAAGUUAUAUAUGUGGCGAAUACGCCAGCCCUCACGUCGAGUCGCGAGAAAGGGGGUAUCAUCGUGCCCAUCGAGCUAUACUGGCAAGGACGAGCCUUGUGCGGCUCAUUCCUCUGA